AUGUAAAAUCAAAAUCAAUGGACCUUGCUAAAAAAUCCAAUUAUUUUCUAUAUUACAGCGGAUACAACAUAAAUGUCUUUAGCUGAUUUACCUCCGUAAACUCGAAAAGCUAAGUUUUAUCUAUGCCUAAAAUCUGGGGGAUGUUGUAAUGAGGAAAAGAUUACUUGGAGUUUUGUUACAAAAGUAGAUUUUCAUAAAAUAUCUCUUAAACCAUGGCAAAAUGCUUAGACUAUAUAUACUGAAACUUGCACUAUAAGACUUGAUGAGACAAAAAUAAUUGAAGUAAGUAGAAGUGGCAGUUUUCCUUCUGGAAAUUUUUCACUUUUUGUAGAAGUUUAAGGAUAUAAAUGA